UUCCUUACAGAGAAGAAGUGCAAGGAGACAGAGUUCCGCUGUGGCGACGGCAAGUGCAUCCCUCACCGCUGGCAGUGUGACUCUGAGCCAGACUGUGAGGACGGCUCCGACGAGGACCCCAAACACUGCGUGGUAAAGUCGUGCGAAGAUGAGGAGACCCACAUGUGGCAGUGUGGGACGGGGAGGUGCGUCCCCCUCUCUUGGCACUGUGAUGAGGAGCCCGACUGUGAGGAUGGAUCAGAUGAGGUCAACUGCCCUAAUGGUAUAGAAUGCAAAGCAGACGAAUUCACUUGUCACAAUAGUGGCAACAAAUCGAAUUGCAUCCCGCUAAACUGGGUUUGUGAUGGAGCUUCCGACUGUGAUGAUCAAUCCGACGAAGUUUCUUGUAAUGCUACCUGCACUUCGGAACAGUUCACGUGUGCAUCUGGAAUGUGCAUUUCAAAACGAUGGCAUUGUGACGGAGACAAUGACUGUGGAGGAGAUGACCACUCGGACGAAACAAAUUGUCCGAAUAGUACCUGUACAUAUUCACAGAUGCAGUGCGGAGAUGGGGAAUGUAUAGAGAAAUCUUGGAGAUGUGAUGGGGAAGACGAUUGUCUCAACGGGACAGAUGAACAUGAUUGUCCGAAUACCACUUGCAGUGCUGAUGAGUAUCCGUGUGCAGGAGGGUUCCAGUGUAUCCGCCGGGAGUGGUUAUGUGAUGGAGAUACGGACUGUCCCGAAGGAGAUGAUGAACGGGAUGAGACCUGUACCCAUCAAUGCCCAGAUGAUUCCUUCAUGUGUGGGGACAAGUCGUGUAUUGCUUCAAAAUUAAAAUGCAAUGGAUUCUCUGAAUGCUCUGAUGAGUCGGAUGAAGUGAAUUGUGCACCAGCUUGCAAAGAAGAAUCUGAAUUUAAUUGUGGAAACCAUUGCAUUCCUAUGGAGCUGGUUUGCAAUGGUAACGAUGAUUGUGGGAACGCAGCCGAUGAACCUAUAGAUAACACGUGUGGCAGGAACGAGUGCGAAGAUCGAAAUGGUGGCUGUGCCCAAAUUUGUGUCGACACUCGGGCUGGACACUACUGCAAGUGUAAAGCAGGUUUCAUGCUCGUAAAUGGAACGCAGUGCGAAGAUAUUGAUGAGUGCAUGGAACCUGGUAUUUGCUCUCAGGUCUGUGUCAACCUCAAAGGUGGCUUCAAGUGUGAAUGUGUCGACGGUUACGCCCGUGACCCACACAACCAUCAUCGAUGUAAAGCUAUGGAGGGCCACGCGUCACUUCUGUUUGCACAUUUCACCGAUAUUCGGAAAAUAUCCCUUGAUCACCAGGAGAUUACAGCAAUUGUGAAUGAGACACAAGGGGCUACAGCUUUAGAUUUUGUAUUUAAGACGGGAAUGAUCUUCUGGACAGAUGUCCGGGAAAAAUGUAUUUACAAAGCCCCCAUAGAUGAAGGCAGCAAAAAGGUGGUAGUCAUCUCUGAUGACGUAACGACAGUCGAUGGUCUGGCUGUCGAUUGGCUGUACAAUCAUAUCUACUGGACCAACACAGACACAGAUACCAUUGAGGUUGCCGAUUUCAAUGGGGACAUGAGAAAGACACUCUUCCAACACCAUCUAGAUGAGCCUCGUGCCAUUGCUGUGUACCCUUCGGAGGGUUGGAUGUUCUGGACAGACUGGGGGCAGCAGGCUAAGAUUGAGAGUGCUGGCAUGGAUGGUAAAUUUCGACAGGUCAUUGUCUCUAAAGAUAUUAGAUGGCCCAAUUCACUCAGCAUUGACUUGGUUCUGAGAAAGAUAUAUUGGUCAGAUUCCAAGUACCACACCAUCUACUCGUGCGACUUUGAUGGUUCUAACCGCAGGGUGAUACUUCACUCGACAGAUUAUCUGCCCCACCCAUUCUCAAUCACAGUAUUUGAAGACACAAUGUACUGGAGUGAUUGGCGUAAUGAAGCAAUAUUCCGAGCCAACAAAUUCACUGGACAGGAUGUUAUAUCUAUCGCUCACUCGCAUGCGACCCCAAUGACUGUCCACGUGUAUCAUAGCUAUAGGCAACCCAAUGGCACAAAUCACUGUACUCCGCUCAAUGGUCUUUGCACUCACUUGUGUCUCCCUGCACCUCAAAGGACUGCUCAAGCUUCCAAAAUUUCAUGUGCUUGUCCAGACGGCCUCAUGCUGAUGUCCGAUGGACUUACAUGCGAGAGCGAGGAUGACUCAGACCCCACCUCAGGGGAGCCCAUUCUGGAAUCUUCCCAGAUAACCAAUAGACUCGCAGACGAAGUAAGCAGCACCAUGGCACCAGAGAUGAAGCAAGUCCCGGCGCAGGUUGAAAGUCCAAGUGAGGGGGAGGAUGGCAAUGUAGCAGUGGCAGCUAUCCUGGCUGCAUUAGGUGUCCUUUGCAUCGCUUCAGCUAUGGCGUACAUGAUUUACCGCUACUUCCGCAAACGCUCGGUGCACAGCAUGAAUUUUGACAAUCCCGUUUAUAAAAAGACGACGACUGAGGAUGGCUUCUACCUGGCAGGGCAGCAGCGGACAAACUGCCAAAGGGCAUCAGCUGAGCCCCAGUAUCAACACCGGCAGUAUGGAGUUAUGUCUCCAGAGGAUUCACUUGAGCCUUUGACACAUGGCAGCAACAACUUUGUAUGAGGGCGAUGGAUGGAUCUCUUCCCUGGCACAGUGGCGUAUUUGUUAAGAUUUCCAAGCAUGUACUUGAAGAAGAAGAAUAAGAAUUUGUCUGCCCGGGCAGUGACUAAAUGUGUGUCUGAAGGCCAACAUGUAGACUAUAUAUAUAAUAUAUAUAUACACACAUAUAUAUUUUACCAAUUUGUAAUGGGAUUGGCAUGUUUUGCCCUAGAGAUUCAUCCUUUAGACUCCUUUUAUGGUCUUGAAAUAGCAUGGCAAGUGUAUUGAAUGAACAGUGUGAAACAAGGAAAUUGCGGAUCGUUUCACAAUUUUUCACGUGGCCAAAUUAAACUAUAAACAGUUUGCAGUGACACAAGAGGAAGUCGAGGGCAAGAUGAAACCUUGCUCCUCGAGUGUGGAUGCCCCUCACAAUUUCAGAGGUGAAUAUUGUGGUGGGGAGUCUGUGCAGUCAGCGUCAGAUAUGGGGGGUGUAUUGGACUUCCAGGUUUUAGAAUGGUGGGAUUUAGUAAUUUGCCUUCAUUAUAGACUUGUGCUAUUACACUUAUACCUUGUCCCUACUUGUAACCAAAGAAGAAACUGUAAACUAGGUGCUAGUCUACAGAUAUAUCCUAGGUAAGAGGUAGAGGCUCAAAGGUGUUAGUCCCGCUAAGAGACGGCUUUAGGUUUGGGGUGUAUAGGUCGUAUGAUUGAUGCACAGCGGAGAUCCAAGGACUGGCAACAGUCGUGGUGCGUUGUGUGGUUAUAUAAUUUGUUCCAUGCUCACACUUUAUGUGCAGAAAUGUUUCUCCAAGGUUGCCAUUUUUACAACUUGAUCUUCUGUACAUGAAUACCCCUCAAGUCUUUUGUAUAUACAGGAAAAAAUAUCAAGCUUCCAAUGUCCUUUACUGCAGGAAAGGAGUUGUGACACAUCCAGCAAUUUUUAACCCUUUGCCAUUAUUUAAAUACAAACUAUCUCAUUUGUAUUAAAUUAUAGAAUCAAACUUUUGAAAUGUAUAAUUAUUACUUUCUUGUUUAUAUAAAUAUGGGAAUUUGCCUGUCUAAAAAUGUACAUUGGAAACUUCCUACAAAAAAAAAAAUAUUUGGUAACGUUUGCCACUUUUUUUUUCUCUGAACACAGAGGUGAAAACAAGUAUAUACGUGUGAGGACAUCGCAGCGAGACUCGCAAUCAUGUUCAGGUAACAUUGAACGGAGAUGGCGAGUCUUGACGGGCGGAGAUUGUCCUAUGCUUACGAGUACAAAGGCAUCUUGAAUAUUUCCCUUUAUAGAAUUUCUACCAUGUUGAUGUUUGUAGAGGGUUAUCAUGGUUAGGACUUUGAAUCUUUGGUCUGUAUAUCAGUCAUUGUGCCACUGUGUUCAGAAUAUAAGAAUAUAAUUUGGUGAAGAGAAUUAGAAACUUGAGUGGUCUACAGUAUUCAGCCCAGGUUCUCAGGAUAGUUCCGUGGGAAUGUUGACUGCUAGUGCAGUAUUCAAUUAAGCAUAGAUAAUGAUGCCUCUUGGUAAGCUGCAUUGAUUAUAGUUUUCUUAAGGGAGAUUUUGAUUGUCUAGAAAACACACAAACACACACACACACACACACCUUUUAUAGGUUGGUGAAAAGUAGGUUGGAAAAUACUCUUUUUGGUAUUUAGUUUCAUUGUCUGUACAAUUAAACACAAGUUACGUAAAUUGUGAGUAAAUAACAACAAUGAAUUAUAGUACAAUGCUUUGAAAUUACACUUAAAUUUAUAUAGACCUCCUUCCAACAUGAAACUAAUGCACAUUUUAAACAGAAACAAAGAGUAUAUUAAUAUACCAUACAAAUGUAUAUAAAUGCCAAUGAACCGAUAUGCAUUUAAUGAAAAGUACAUCAAUUUCAUUCAUUUCCUACCAACCUGCUACAUCAGAUAUUUUACACAGGACAUAAGCAGUAUCAUUCUCAGUGCCAAGUUAUACACAUUUUAUUCUACGUGCACAUUUGACGAGGAAGAGAGGGAGGGGAAGAUUAUAGAUUGCUACAUUUAUAUGUGGCAAUUUAUAAGCGACAUGAUGGCAACUUUGAUCCUUAAAUAGGUUUAUCGGUAAGGUUCACGUUCUUUGAAGUAUAUACAAGAAGAUGAGCCUUAUUGAAUUACUUAAUAAGGUUUAAAAAGCUGGUAUGGUUAUGAAAAUGUGGAUUAAAUUGCCCAUUCUAGUCUGAUAUAUGGUUAAGACUUCAUUUGGCUAGGUGGUAGAUAGUCUAGAAACUUAGCAAAUUUAAUUUCGUCAGUGUGCUUUUCUACCAGUAACGUCUUUUAUGUGUACGUGUAGGAAAAAAAAUGUCUAUUAAAGAGUGAAUGAAUAUUCUAAGAUAGAAGGCAGUGUGAUUUCAUACACAUCCCCCUGUAAGUUUGGUAUAGACAAGCUAUUUGUUGAGUUAUAAAUUAAAAUUCCCAUUUGCAGUCAUUGGUUUACAACCUGUCAAACCGUAGCAUAUAUGGCAUGUUUUGUUUGUGUCAUGAUAAGCUGUAUACAAACAUCUAGACACACACAUACACAUGCCAAGGAUACAGACUGUAUUCAUUGUUGUUUUGUUUUUAAGCCCAGUUGGUUACCACUACAACUGCAGACACAGUCACAUAUAAACCACAGGUGUGGGGCACCAUGCCACAUCAUGUAUUGAGAGGGAGCAUGUAUUACUGUGACCGUUAGUAUGGUGUGAGCUUCAGCCGUUACUUGCUAUACUGUAAUAGAAUUUUUGUCCAUUUUACGACAUUAAAAUUUGGCAGAUGCUCACCAUUGUUUUCAUUCAAAUAUUGGUAUACUUUCAUUUUCCAAAAUAAUUUAUCGAGAAAUGUAUACACGCAAUUUAUUAAUAUAUUUUUCUAAUAGUCGAGUAUUUGGACACUUAAUAUCCGGUGAAUUGUUUAUCAGCAUGUAACCAAAGAUUGACAUCUUGUGAACAAUUUUUUUUUUUUUUUAGAACCUAUAUAAGUAUUGUUUAAAUGGUUCUAUAAAUAAAUCUUUCUUCCAUUUACAUAAGAUAUUCUAUUCCCAAUGGGAAUUUCUCUUGUCGAGCCACAAUUGUUAUUUUUCUUUUUAUCUAAAGUGGUUUAAUGAAAAGUCUGUCGGCUUUAUUUGUUGCACUUUUAUAAAUGAGGUAAAACGUGUAUUCGGAUGUGUUGAUCCAAUUUUGGUGUAUUUGACAAAUUGUAGGUGGUUAAUGUUUUUAUUUACAGUGAUUAUUAAUGUUCUGCAAAUACUUGAAUUUGGUACGUUGAUAAUUAACUUGCUUGGGCAGUUAAUUAUUCUGUCAUUUGACUCUGUAUAGGGACAUUAGGUUUAAACUGUGAUAUACAGUGUACAGUAGUUAUAUGAUUCCUUGUUUCUAUUAGGUGGUAAUGGACUAUGCAUCUAAAUUAUUAAUGUGAACAGUAAAUCAAACUGUUUUUUCUGAAUGAAAGUAUCGUCAUAGUUUAUCAUCACCGAGGGAAGCAAAAUGCCGGAAAAUCUUUUUGUCAUUUAUAUGUCUAAUUUGUCGCUGGAAAAUUUAUAUUGCAUAAAACAAAUGCGAUUGUGUAUGGAUAAAAAAAAUGUGUGAAUGUUUUUGCAUGGGUGUCGUGAAAGCGUAUUUAAAUUGUGUGUAAGAAGUGCUUGGCCUUAACGUCUGAGGUUGCUAGGCUGUGGUUGGCUUUGAGAAUUGGAGGUUGAAAGACAUAAUUGCUCAUUUAUUACUAGAAGUUGGCGGUAAAUGUGCUUAAUGCAGUUGAAAGUUUUGUACACCAGAUAAAGCAGUUGCCCUGGCUUUAAAAUAUUGUUCUUUUAACCUGCAAUUUUGCAUACCACCAAAUAUUUAUGGAUAUCUAGUUACAUUGACAUUAAAUGUUUUUAUAUGGAGUUAACAGGUAAAUGAGCCAUCACUGGUGGGUUGAACUCGGUAGGGAAACAAAAAAAUUAGCAGGACCUGUUAUUAUGUUGCACAUGAAAAAAAAUUGAAGAUGAAAUAUUGAUCAUUUACCUUGACACAACACUCUCCCGAAGUCAUCUGUGCCACUUUGAAUUAUAUUUUAAUUGUGAUCACAAACAAAAUAUAAUACUCAAUAAGGAUUGUAACAUAAUGUAUUAACUCUUUCUAAAGUUCAGCAGCAGUGGUGGUACAGUAGACAGACAAGGAAUAAAUGUGAAAUUGAUGUGUUUAUACAUACACACAAAAUCUGUAUUUAUACAUAAUAUAUGAGGCUUGCAUGCUAAGUGUUGUAUAGAUACCACUGGAGACAGAUAAAAUGUCAAAUGACCUACAAUAAAGAAUAUGGUUUCAAUGAAAUAAGAUAUAUCUGAAGUGUUAGUGAGCCAGUCCAGAGAUCCGUCCUGUGGUCCUCUCAACACCUCCCUCCUUCCCUCCCUUUCCUUCCUAUCCAUGCUGAAAUUUCCCCUAACCCUUCCCCCCCCUCCCUCACCCCCCUCCCCCCAUGUCAUUCUGUUUGCUUUCUUCUAAAAUCCCCGUUACUUUGUUCUAUAGUUUGCGGUGUCUUUACUGCGACCUUCGUCAUGCAGGCUCUGAAGUCCUGUACUCUACUCUGAACACCACUCCUUUUUUAUUUUUUUUUAUCUUUGUAACGAUUUAUUUAUAAUACUGUACCAUACUGGAAUUCAGCAGAGGCCUUCCCGAGCCCUCGAUAAGUAUUGCCCAAAAUCUGUAGUUUCUAUAAUUGUGCUGUGCACUAAAACUAAGAGUACUGUAUAGUUAAAAUAUUUUGACUCGCCAAAUUGAUUGUGUACAGUAUUGCAAAUUGCAAGGUUUUUACUAGUGGCUGGAAGUCUCUUAAUGCAAGGAAUUAAUGCAAUGAAUUGUAUUAAUGUAUUUUUUCAAAUUUACCUGCUGAUAAUAGCAUAGGGGUUGCAUUUUUCUUGGUGGCAUAAAUCGUAAUUUUUAUAUUGGGUACGUUUAACGCCAUUUGUGAAUAUCACUGUCAGGAAUCACAUUUUUCUUUGAUAACAUUUCUCUACUUGCACUUGAAUUGAUGGAAUUUCUGAAGGCUGAGUGAAGUAACUGUAUGUGAGUGUACGUGUGUGAAUGUUAGUAGAAUGACCAAGUAAUGUAUUAGUCGGUAUAUUUCAGCAGAUAUGUUUAAAAUCAAUAGGCUUGAGCACAGUGUCCACUCUUUGUGCUUGUAUUUAGGAUAUAACCAUGGUAUUGUACAUUAGAGUAUUGUAACUAUCAGUUUCUUAAUAAAAUACUUCAUCAAGCACAUGUUCA